AUGUCAUUUGCCGAAAUAAGUCUUAUCUUAUCAAGUACUAGUCCUGCCCACCCAUCUUUUACUUUCUUAGAAGCUCUAAAAGCAACCUCAGCGGAAACAGCAACUGCAACGAUCUACGAUGAAUUUUCGGUAGAGGACAUAAUUUUGGAAAUGUUACCACUUGGAAGCAGCCAGUAUUUCUUCCCACGAAGCGGUUCAGUGGAGUUGAUUUUUUUCAACGCUGUGAAAAGACUUCCCCGUUUUUGUCUAAUAUGCCAACAAUCUUACAACACCCGAAAUAAAUGGCAACAGCAUCUAGUUCGUCGCCACGGAGAAAAAAAACACCAUUGCCAUUUAUGCAACAAAUCUUAUUUUUACUCAACCCAGUUAAAGAAACACAUUGCUUCGCAUAACAACGAGCGCAAUUUCCACUGCCUUUCAUGCAAUUCUGCAUUUUUUUCAAAAUCGGAUCUUACCAAGCACACCAUUUCCAUACACAGUAAACAGUUCCCGUUCAAAUGUGACGUCUGUGAUCAAGGUUUCUUUGAGAAAGAUAGAGUAGAACUUCACCAUAAAAUUGAACACGAAGGUCUACGUUUUGUUUGUGCGGUGUGUAAGAAGAUUUUCAAAAGCCAGAAUAGUUACAAAAUGCACAUGAAGAGGCACGAUCCCGAUCAUAUUCAAACUGUGUACAAGUGUGAACAGUGCCUUAAACUUUUAUCUUCACGCUGUGCAUAUAAAACUCACUUGAAGAGACAUGAAGGUGAAACGUGGAUUUGUGAUAUCUGUGGUAAAGCUUUGACUUCAAAAACUGGUUUGAUACAGCAUAAAAGAGUACAUUCUGGGGAUAAACGAUACGUUUGUCACGUUUGUGGGAAGGGUUUUGUUAGUGCGAGUGGAUUAAAAGUACAUGUUCGAGUUCACACCAAGGAAAAACCGUAUAAAUGUAGUAUAUGCAAUAAAGUUUUUACGCAACGUACCAGUUUAAUUGUUCAUAUGAGGGCUCAUACGGGGGAAAAACCGUACAAAUGCAAUAGAAAUUUUGUAACGGUUGGUGGCAUCCAGGAAUUUGGAUAUGGAAAUAAUAAAAUUAGGAAAUAUUUGGCAAUACGUCCUCAACAUACCAACCAUGAAAGACUUUUUGUUGAAUAUGGGAAAGGUUUUUGUAGAAUACAACCUGUAGGCAUUAAUACGUUUGGCAAAAUGUCAAAAAACAUCGCCACAUUUUUGAAUUUAUCAGAUCCUAAAGAGUACACUGAGCAUUGCUUCACUUCGAUUCCUGCAGACUCUGGAGCAGACUCUUGA